AUGAAAGGAGGGUUCACCAUAGCUCUGUCCUUUGCGCUCCAGUUCCACAGGAUGGGCUCGUUCAGGAGGCCUCGACCUCGCUUCAUGAGCUCCCCUGUUCUCAGUGAUCUGCCUCGGUUCCAGGCAGCCCGGCAGGCGAUGCAGCUCAGCUCCAACUCUGCCUGGAACAGUGUACAAACAGCAGUGAUAAAUGUGUUCAAAGGGGGAGGCUUGCAGAACAAUGAACUUUACACCCUCAAUGAGAAUAUCAGACGGCUGCUGAAGAGUGAACUUGGAUCCUUCAUCACUGAUUACUUUCAGAACCAGCUCCUUGCAAAAGGCUUGCUGUUGAUGGAGGAGAAGGUCAAGCUGUGUGAAGGUGAGGAUCGCAUUGACGUCCUGUCUGAAAUCUGGGAUCACUAUUUUACAGAGACUCUUCCUACACUCCAGGCAAUAUUCUACCCAGUCCAGGGUCAGGAGUUGACUAUCCGCCAGAUUGCUCUUCUUGGCUUCAGAGACUUGGUCUUGCUAAAAGUGAAGUUGGAAGAAAUUCUUCCCCUGGUGCAGACAAAGGUUCCAGCUUCCAUUGUCCAGAUGCUGUUAAUUCUGCAGAGUGUCCAUGAACCUACUGGCCCCACUGAGGGUUACCUGCAGCUGGAAGAACUGGUCAAGCAAGUGGUAUCACCAUUCUUAGGUUUGUGUGAGGAUCACAGCUCCUCUGGUAGCACCUGCUUGCUUGAGAGACGGUACUCCAGAUCCCGUCCUAAGGCCCUGACCCCUCUGACGGAGCAGGAGGGCGAGGCUUACCUGGAGAAGUGUGGCAGCAUCCGUCGCCACACGGUUGCCAACGCUCACUCGGAUAUCCAGCUCCUGGCCAUGGCCUCCAUGAUGCACACGGGGAUGGUUGUGGAGGAGUCAGACAGUUCUGACAAGUGCCUCCUGCUGCAGCCCAGCUGCUUCAGCCACAGGCAGUGCUCCAGCGAGCCCAGCAUUGCCGAUGGCCCCGAGGGAGUGGUGGCAGCAGCCAGCAGGCAGGACCCUGCUGAGAUGAACUGCACCUCUGUCAGCUAG